AGAGAGAGAGAGAGAGAGGGGUGUCAUCUGCCGUGAUCCGACGGGUUGUUCUUACGGCGAACGCGUCUGAUCGCCAAGCCAGCCAAAGGAGAGGGACUAAAGAAGAACAGUGUAAUAUUUUCACGAAAAGAGGUGGAGAAAAAGGCGAGAAUGGCGCAUGCCAUGUGACCCGACAGCGCAUCGAGGAACGCGUCAGAUGAAGGAGAAUCUACUGGUAAGUUUCUCGUCAUGAUCACUGGCCCACCCGCACCAUGGGCGGAGGAGGCUGAUGGAAGCUGGUAAAACACGGAACAAUUACUGCUGCUUCUUCUUCUUCUUCUUCCCGGUGUUUGUUUUCAUGGAUUCACCGUCAGCUACCUUCCUCCUGCAACCGUUAUCUGUAGCCUCCCUCUUCCUGACCUGAGCUCCGAUCGUCUGACCGCACCAGAAGCCACCCUCUUAGAUGAAGGUGACGGCCAGAAGAGCUCAACUCCACCACCAGAAAGCUCUCCAGCUCUGGAAAUACUAUAAAUGGAUUCUCUGGCUAGCUCUCUCCGUCUACCUCUUCCUCACCACCACCUCCUCCUCCUCCUCCUCUUUCUUGUCUCAUCCCCUUCACCUCAAACCGAAUCUCCCGGCUCGAGCUCUGAUCGAGGCGCGGGAGCCCUCUUCUUCGCCGCUUCCUAAGGUGUAUGUCUAUGAGCUCCCUUCUCGGUACAACAAAGACUGGCUGUCGGACCCGCGGUGCGGCAGCCACCUGUUCGCCUCGGAGGUGGCGAUCCAUCAGGCGUUGCUUGGGUACCCCGGCCGCGCGGUUGACCCCAACGACGCCGACUUCUUCUUCGUCCCAGUCUACGUCUCCUGCAACUUCAGCACGCCCAACGGCUUCCCCUCCCUCCACCACGCUCGCCCGCUCCUGUCCUCGGCGGUGGACUUCGUGUCCUCCCGCUUCCCGUUCUGGAAUCGCUCCCACGGCAGCGACCACGUCGUCGUCGCCUCUCACGACUACGGCGCCUGCUUCCACGCCAUGGAAGAUGUUGCGAUGGCGGACGGGAUACCGGAGUUCUUGGAGAGGUCGAUCAUCCUGCAGACGUUCGGGGUGCGGUCGCCGCACCCGUGCCAGCGAGCAGAGCACGUUCUGAUUCCUCCCUACGUGCCGCCGGGCAUCGAAGACGUGCGGCCGGCGCCCGAGAAGGCGAGGCGCGACAUCUUCGUCUUCUUUCGCGGUAAGAUGGAGGUCCAUCCCAAGAACGUCAGCGGCCGCUUCUACGGCAGGAGGGUGAGGACGGAGAUAUGGCGGCGGUACAGCGCGAACCCGAGGUUCCGGCUGCAGAGGAAACGGUCCGGCGAUUACCGAGCCGAGAUGGCGCGGUCGGUGUUCUGCCUGUGCCCGCUGGGGUGGGCGCCGUGGAGCCCUCGGCUGGUGGAGUCGGUGGCGCUCGGCUGCGUGCCCGUCAUCAUCGCAGACGACAUCCGGCUGCCCUUCCCGGAGGCGGUGCGGUGGCCGGAGAUAUCGGUGACGGUGGCGGAGGCAGACGUCGGCCGGCUUGAGGCGACGCUCGACCACGUGGCGGCCACCAAUCUGUCGGCGAUCCAGCGGAAUCUGUGGGACCCAGCCCGGCGGCGCUCCCUGCUCUUCCACCGCCCCACGGAGCAGGGCGACGCGACGUGGCACGUUCUCAGGGCGCUCGAGGGGAUGAGGCUCCGCCGCCGGCCGUGGCGGCCGAGGUGAGGCGGUGCAAACCGACACGUGGAGGUAGCGCGGCGGUCGUACACGGCGAGCGGUCACGGGCUGUCGCGCUCGCUUCACGAGCGUGUCGUGUGACGUAGAUCGGUCGGACAUCCCCGUUUUCUGUUAUUUAUUUAUUUCACUAUUCACAAAAUUAUACAAUUAAAAAAGAAAUUAUUACAA